AUGAAUUAUACAAUUUUAGGGGAAACGUCUGUUAAUGUGACGUUAAAUUCGGAAAGUGCUCCACACUUUAUCGAGCAUCAGCAGAACCAUUCGCGUGGUCUGGUAGCACCUUACUGGAAUGCGUUGCUGGAUGUAAUCGGUGAUGAUCCAGAUAUGCUUUACGUUUGGUACCUAACGAUCUACGCCUACGGUCUGUUCUGGAUCAUCGGUGGGCUGUUCGUGCUGAUGGACCUAACGAAUCGACCCCGGUGGAUGCGCAAGUACAAAACACAACCCGGUACCAAUGAACCACUGGAGUGGGAUCGCUUCAAGCAUCUCGUCCGAACGGUGCUGUACAACCAGCUAGUAUUCGGUAUUCCAACGACGUACGUCGUGUAUCACAUCAACAAGUACUUCGUCGAUUGUGUGCCCGACGUACGCUACGUACCGCCGCUCGAUGAGCUGCUGCGCGAUAUGGUCGUGUGUAUCUUGGGCUGGGAGGUCGGAUUCUACUACACCCACCGGAUAUUCCACAGUCGCCAUUUUUAUCAGCGGUUUCAUAAGCUACACCACGAGUGGCGCGCACCGGUGGCACUGUCCGCUAUGUACGCCCAUCCACUCGAGUUCGUCGUUAGUGAUCUGCUGCCGGUUUACCUCGGUCCAGCCAUCAUGAAGUGUCACGUCUUCACGAUGGUCCUGUGGCUCACAUUCGUCAUGUGGGACACGGUGGGUGACCAUUCCGGUUAUCACCUUCCGUUCCUGGGAAGCUCGGAAUCGCAUGACUUCCAUCAUCAGAACUUCAAUCAGUGCUACGGCAACUACGGCAUCUGUGAUCGACUGCACGGAACGAAUGAUGAGUUCCGCAAGAAGAAGCAAUACCAGCGCCACUACCGAAUCUUCAGCCUCAAGUCGGCGCGAGAGCUGGUGCCGGUUCGAUGA